AUGACGGCCUGUACACUGCCCUACAUUGCCUUGCGGAAUGGGAUGCAUCACACCUUCAAGUACUCAACCAUACAACAGUGGGCGCAAGCUUCCCCUCCUCACACUUCAGGAGCAGCUCUUGAAAGCAGGAUCAAGGGACAACGACAGUCGAUGGAUCCGCUCGUACCCGUGGUCCCAUUGGUAGUCGGCGCCUCCCUGGGAGUUAUCGCCGUCGUCGGGCAUUCCACCGGACCACAUCAGCAGUCUCGUCCCCAACGUCCCCAAUCGUCUCAAUCUCGCCCAACUUUCCCGUACGUCUCAAUCCCACACAUUCCACCCGCUAUCCCAUCCACAUCAGUCCCGACACGAAGGACGACGAUGGCAGCGAUCAAGUAUGGUGGGCGCUACGCAGAGGGGCGCCGCUCAGAGCUACGCAAGAUCGGCGAGGAGACCCUAUACGCGAUCGACCAGGGCAUAUGCAGCUACCGAGGCGUCGACUACCCGCUCAAAGACAGGGUGAAAGAUCUCAAGAAGAACACCAAGUUCUACGGACAUGAUUCGUCCAUCGUCAAAGGCUGGGCGGCUGCGAAGUCAGCUGCUCCCAAGUCCCGAGCCGAUGCCCCUCCGACCCAAAUUUCCGUGCUCCAUAUCUCUACCCUCAAAGCUGCGCGUUUGCUCGACAAUGCCUACCAAAACUUCCCAGCUGAUCCUGUUGCCAAUCGCACCGGUGUCCUAAAUUUCGCCUCAGCCACCAAACCUGGAGGAGGCUUCAAGAAUGGCGCUGAUGCACAAGAGGAAUCCCUCGCCCGUUCGUCUACUCUCUUCUGUUCCCUCAGCACCUCCGAAGCCGAAAAAUUCUACGACCUGCACAAGAGAGAGUCCGCCGCAAACGCCGCGGCAUAUUACUCACACGCGAUGAUCUAUUCUCCCAAGACCACUUUCUUCAGAGACGACGAUGGGCAGUGGUUGCAUCCAUUUGACAUCGACGUGCUGAGCUGCGCAGCUGUAAAUGCGGGGGAGGUACGCAAAGGACAGACAACUGGUGGGAGCACGGCAACAGCGCCUACGGCGGGCACAGGCAAUGUGACGGAGAUAGGCAUUGAAAAGGAGAUGUCGGAGCGCAUGGGCCGCAUUCUGUAUGUCUUCGAACGGGAGGGCGUGCGUAACCUCGUGCUGGGUACUUUCGGUACGGGUGUAUUCCGCAACAGCAUCUCCACGGUUGCUCGUAUUUGGGCACAUUUGCUGCUGACACCUGAUGCAAGGUACAAGGAUUCCUUCGACCGCAUCAUCUUCGCGAUAACAGGAGAAGACACAUUUGUGGAGUUCCAGACGGCCUUCGAUGCGUGGGGUCAGAAGCGAGCACCUGGACUGGGAGGGGGAGGAAACAGCGGGAAGUUCUGGUAG